CAACAGCAGCAGCAGAACACACAACACAGCUGCAACUGAACGGAUAAUAGUGUCUCUGCAGAGCUUCAUCCAUCUGCUAUCAACUAUGUCUGCUAACACCAGUGUUCUUCUUCUCCUCACUCUUUGGGCUUCCAUGCAGGACGGUUUGGGUCUUCUGGUGGUGAAACAGCUGGAUGUGGAGGCCGGUGUCCCACCACAGAGAGAGAGGACCAAGCGCUGUGCCUGCAGCACCCCACUGGACUCUGAGUGUCACUACUUCUGCCACCUGGACAUCAUCUGGGUCAAUACGCCCAGUAAGACAACACUUUAUGGUCUAGGCAGCGUUCUGUCCCGGCGCAGAAGGUCCACUUUUCGCUGCACCUGUGCCAAGCUAGAUGAUCAAACUUGCACCAACUUCUGCCAUCAAAGCCCUGAAAUCACAUCCCCAAAGAGAUCUGUAAAGAGACACCAACUCAACACACUCAACAUACUGAGAGCUGUGGUCAGCAGAUCCAAGAGAGCCCUGGACGCGCCUGAUUCAGACAAGGCUCAGAGGAAGAAUGCUCGCUAAAAACAACGGGCUUGAGGCAGUGAGAGUGAGAGAAAGAGAGCAGUGAGCACCUGAACAAAUGACACUCCUUUGAUAGAGAAAAGGGGAAAAAACAAAGGGCUGCUGAAAGAUCCGACGCAGGAAGGCCCGAAGCGCCGCAAAGAUGUCUGUUUGUGCCCAGGAAUAGAGGGUGGAAAACGUGAGAGUUCUGCAAACACACCAUGGAAACAGAUAUGGAGGAUCAGCACUGAGAGGAGCUACUAACAGGACAGGAGAAUGUUGUGCCUGUGGUCAUGUUCGAGAGUUUGAGUGGUUGUCUCUGUGUCAUUGUACAGACCAGUCGGCACUUACAUAGACGGAUCUAACAGUGAGGAAAAGGGACAUGCAUACUGUACAUACAUGUACAGGAAUUUCUCACAUACAUGGCAAGUUUUUACUCAUUUAUAUGUAAAAUAUGUUUUUUUUCUUUCUUUUAUGGAUCAAUAGAUUUAUUAUUUUACAACUUAUUUAGAACACAUUAUAUUAUGAGUGAAGGGAAGG